AUGGGGAAGAAGCGAGUGGACGUCGGACCCUCUGCGCGCAAGGAGCGCGGGCGCCACAAAGGCGCCGAGGCUCCGUCCUGUCGCAGAGAAGACGAGAGCGACGCUAGCUACCGCCGUCGCGCAUUUCCGCUGACGCUGCGCAUGUGGGACUUCCAGCAGUGCGACGCCAAGCGCUGCACGGGCCGUAAAUUGUGUCGCUUGGGUUACAUCAAGAGUAUGAAGCCGGGGAUGCACUUUCGAGGGCUCGUGCUCUCUCCUGCAGGUGAACAGGCGGUAUCUGCCGCUGAUCGGGAGCUGGUCAUGGGCACGGGCAUCUCGGUGAUCGACUGUAGCUGGGCCAAAGUGCAGGAGUUGCCCUAUAAACAGCUACGGUCGGGCGUCCAUCGGCUGUUGCCGUUCCUUGUAGCUGCUAAUUCCGUGAAUUAUGGCCGGCCACAUAAAUUGUCGUGUGCUGAAGCGAUUGCCGCGACGCUGUACAUUGUGGGGUGUCAAGACGAAGCGAGACAAGUCAUGGACGAGUUUUCGUGGGGAGCUGAGUUUCUCAAGAUUAAUGCAGACUGUCUCGCAGCCUAUGCCGCUUGUGAGAACAGUGCUGAGGUGGUUAAGGCUCAGAACGAUUACUUGGCCGCAUGCCAAUCCGAGCAUAAGGAACGGCAGCAGCAGAUGAAGUUGCCGAGCCUAGAAGACAGUGAUGACGAUGAGGAAGAGGACGAAGAUGAAGGUGUGGAGCUCGAUCGCUUUGGCAAUGUCAUGGCACCUCGUCAAGUGUCGACUGCAGUGGAGAUGAAGGAUGGUACCGUUAGCCAGGAGUCUGACCAAGAGCUAAGGCAAUGCGAAGGUUCAGUGAUAACGUCGCCUUCUAGUGUCCGUAGCGAACGACUGGACUCUGACGAAGCGAUUGCGGGCUUGAUGGAAAACUUGCACCGUGCAGCAGACUCGGUCAAGAAAACGCACAAGAUGCGCGAGGACGCUCGUAACGCUCGUGAGUUGGAUAGUGAGAAAGCGUAUGCAUAUUCUUCCAUGGAAGACGUCCAUCGUCAACAGGUGGCGACAGUAUGUUUGGAACGAACUGCUGUGGCUGUAUCUGGUGAUGCAGUGCUGCAGCUCCCGAUGUCUGUGUUCCACCAGUGGGAACAAGACGAUGCACGUCGAGACCGGGAUAAGGCGUAG